AUGACCGAGGCUUUACUCGACGCUCCUCCUGACUUGACUCGAGCAUUACAAGGCAUAAGCAUAUUGAGCCCAGAGCAACCUACGGAUGGAUCUGGCUUGAACGCUGACCGCGAAGCGCAUUACCGAGCGUACAUGGCUGCAGCGUUCAUAUACGCCUGCGUCGACAACGACUCGGGGAACUGGAGUAACUUCCAUCUGUCUACCACUGAUGAGCAGAGCUCGUUCGUAUCUGAUGCUUCCAAUGCGCCACGCAUAUCCGUUUGCGACAGCGAUGCAGGCGAGGAGUUCCUCAACGAAGCCGUUCAUGCCGCGCUCCCGGGUUUAUCGGACCCCUGCUCUCGACCAUCUGGUCAGCUAUCAUCUAAUGGAGAUGUAUGGCGGUGCCCUGUCACGCGAUGCAAAGAAACUCUUCGCCCGUACAAUCUCACUCAGCAGCAGCGGGGCGUUGUCGCGAAGUUGUCUGGAGAUGACAACACAAUGAUCAUCGAAGGAGAUGAUGGGAAACUUCGCCUUCGCCAUAAGGAUCCCUGGAAGUUUCUGCGCUACAUAGAUGCUGUGGCCUGGGAGCACAUCUCUUGGCACCUCCACCGGGCACAUAUCACAUUUUACUAUCCUCACCCUGACCGACCAUAUAAGGAGUGCGCCGGUUACUGGUGGAACGAAGCACUUUUGGCUCGUGACCAGAGCCUUUUGCAGGAGGUGGAGGGGAUUGAAAUCGCGAGCCGCCAGAAUCGGCGUCAGUGGCUAGUUACAGCGGCAAUCAACUCCGCGCAACGCAAGACCCAGCGAGCAUGCGCUCGUCUUACACGCUUGCGUCACAACGCGCUACAGGCGCGUCGGAGGCUCGUCUCCCAGAUGUUCAGCUUGAACCGCGGUGUAGUUGAGGUGGGCCGCUCGCUAUUGACCCUUGUCAGAGAGCAAGAGACCGAUCCUCUCACGGCGGUAUACUCUGCCGAGAUCGCUCACUAUCGUGCGGUAGAAAUGGAGUGGACGGAGGAGCAGCAUAUCUGGUUCUGA